UAUAAAAAAAAUUGAUUUGUCACAGGCAAAUUGCAAGAUGAAACUUAUUUCGCAGUUGCUCUUGAAUCAGGGACUUUGGGUCAAUGUCUCGAUACACUGACAGAGAAAUCAUUUUGUAAUAACUGGUAACGAUUGGAUUAAGUUGAACUUUCUUAACGAGUGAUAAAAGGACCAUUUUUUACUCUCAAAGUGAGCUCGAAAUCGUCCUAAUAAUUGAUUAGGUACAACUGUAUCGACUUAUUUGUAAUCACAAAGUCAAGGUCUUUUAAUACAGAAAUACUCAAAAGUGGGUAACUCCGGCGCGAACUCGUUGCGAAAUCAUGGUUGGCAGAUAAAAGUUUAGGCAACUUUUAGCGACUUUUUUUAUUCGUGUUUUGACAACCAUGUCGAAACGGCUUAUUCGUCGGAAGAAAUAAACGAACGAGGAAAAAGAUUAUUCAGAGGAAAAGGGCAUCUUAAAAAAAUAGCAGAAAACAAUUUUUUGUUCCGCACCACUCGUGAAUUUAAAAAAAAUCGAAUUUUGAGAACAUUCUUAGAAAUUUUUCGCUUGAGAAUGAAUAUGAGCAACUGAACGUUCUCGUAUUCCCAAGUUUCUUCUCCAUCCGACAGAUCGUUCGAAUCCGUUAACAAACGUCAUCAGGAAAUGAGAUUGUCACGAGCACGUGCGUUGUAUUGAAUCUCUAUUCAUCCUACAAUUAUCUCCAUUCGUGGAAAAUAAUUUAUCUUCACUCCAAACUGGAUUUCUGAUCGAGCACACAUUUUGGAGGGUUUUCGAAAAAGACAUUUCGUAACAUGUCAUGGCGAUGCAGUGGUGCAACGAACAAGGAAAUGAUAGACAAAUUACAAGAAGCCAAAAUACUAACGACGGACGCUGCGAUGCUUGCGAUGAUCGCCAUUGACAGAGGACGAUAUUGUCACGAAGAUGAGCCAUAUUUAGACCGACCACGAAGGAUUGGUUACAACGUUACCAUCAGUGCCCCACACAUGCACGCCUAUGCCCUUUCCAUUCUUACGGAUCAACUACGAGACGGUGCUCGAGCUCUUGACGUUGGUUCUGGCUCCGGUUAUCUAACAGCUUGUAUGGCUUUCAUGGUUGGUCCUCGGGGUCGUGUUAUUGGCCUCGAACACAUACCCGAACUGAUCGAGAUCUCGACGAGAAACGUACGCGACGAUUGUCCCCAUUUUAUUAGGGACGGACGAGUCAAGUUCAUCGAGGGAGAUGGUCGACUUGGAUACCCCGAAGAAGGUCCUUACGAUGCAAUCCAUGUUGGAGCUGCUGCUGAAUCCCUUCCUGAAGAACUCGUAAAGCAACUCGCACCUGGUGGUCGAAUGGUUUGUCCAGUCGUGACAUUCGAGGGUUACCAAAGGUUUCAGACCCUUGUACAAAUCGAUAAAAACGAGGAUGGAACCGUCUCUACGAAGAAACUGAUGCAUGUUUCAUACGUCCUACUUACCGACCCUGAAACACAAUUGAACAAUUAAUAAUUCGACGAAUUUCCGAUGCGAUGGAAUAAUUUUUUCACCGUAUAUAUUGGAAGCCUUGUAGAUAUUUAAACAGAACGCCCACAAAGUAUUCAAAAUAAUAAUGAAAACGACGGUGAGAUAUCUAAAUGAUUAUAUUGUGCAAUUUUAAGUUUUUUCCUUUAUUGUUCAGAUGAAACCGUUAUUUUCACAAUUUAUUUAUCACUGUAUUAUAUAAACUAAUAUAUAUUUUGUAUAGAUAUAAAAAGUACGUUUUAUAUUUACAAUUGUGAAUACAAAUAAAUUAUAGUUUCAACUACA